AUGGCAUUGGCAAUCAAGGACGAUGACGCUGUAAAGACACCUAAAUAUUUUCCUCCACUCUUGUCCAAGAAAUUCAACAUCACUGAUGUUAAGCAAGAUGCGCUCAAGUGGGAUAAGGAGUGGGAAGCGGCGAUCGCAUCUUCAACCGCAGCAGACGUCCUCAAGGAGAUGUCUUGUUUCUUAGAUGACUCUGGCUUUACUCCUGAUGCUAUGGAGUUCUUCCACCAGGAUCUUCGCAGGGUCCAAGAUAAUGUAGCCAAAAUCCUGCAUGACCUGUUCGACAAAGGUCACUUUGACACCAUCUGGUUGUUGUUGAAUGUCACGGAGAAGAAGAGACAUAUCAAUGAAGGCCUGAAGGGGGCUUGUGAAGCACGUACAUUGUGGGGGCAAGAUUGUCGUGCUCUUUGCCUAGAGGUCACAGUUUCGAACCUCCUGAUGCAGGGCGGGAAGGGCUUUGUCGACUUUCUCGCUCGCAUCUUGGAGUCAUCUGAGUCAUCCCUUCAACCAGCAUUUCUACCAAACUCAUGGUGGGAACAGGCGUCAAACCUGCCAAAUCCAUGGUGGGAACAGACCCCAGCCACCGAUGUUCCACCUCGAGGACAAGUAUCCCAAAGCACAAAGCUUCUGUUCGAAGUCGCGACUAUCAAUAGGAAUAAAUUUAUCAGCAAGUUGUUUUCAGUCAUAAGUGACAUCACCAAUCGUAGUGAGGGGAUGAAGGGGGUCCUGCACUUCAUGGAGAAUACAAAGGGAUAUGUCGCUCGAGCUGUAGCACAGGCCAAAAUGACUUUCAGGGAUAAACCUCUUGUCUGCUGUGAAAACUGCACGAAGACUCCAGAAGAAAUUGGACAAGGUGUUCGCUUCAUGGUGUACAGUGUUUGCAAAGCGAAACUCAACUUCGAGAUACAUUAUUGUUCUCAAUCCUGCCAGAAACAAGACUGGUCUCUUCACAAACGGGCUUGUGGCAAGAAGUCAGUGUCGAAGGGUCUAAGCGGAACCAAGGGAGACUCCCUUUGGGCAUUCAGCAACUCCAAUCCCACCGCCGAAAUGCUUCGCAACUUUGACAAGGAAGGUCGGCAGCUCACGAGCCUCAGAGACAUUGGCGUAAAUCCCUGUAAGGGUAAACGCACCCCUGCUGCGGAGCAUCAAGCUGAGAUGCUUGAAGCCGACCGAAAUGUCGAUUACUUCCUCUUCACUGCGAGCGGUGAAGCAGUUCGCUUUGUGAUUGAUGAUCCAGGAGCUAAAAUGAUCUUCCAGAUCAACUGCGGUUGGGUCAUGACACAGGUUACUAGUGACACCGGCGUUGAGGCUAUGGGAGAGUACAUACUCAAAGUCAUGAGCAGAUAUCCCAGAUUGAGUCGGAGCAUCAUCCUGAAGCAACUCUGUGAGGAACACAGGGCGGGCACUACUGAAAAGAUCAUGUGGCUGGAGAAGAAGAGUCGAGAACAUGGAGACAGUACAUUUAUAGAGAGUUGGGUGAAAGAUUCUUCACCCCUGUUUGGGGGUUGGUCUUGGCUCGGACUGCUUUGA